AUGGAGAAAGAGAGAGAGGAUGUUUAUUCCCCAGAUACAGUUCUUGAGGACUACUUGAGGAGUAUAGAAUCCGACACAGAUUCCCCUAGAACGAGCACUUCGGAAUCUGAAAGGGAGAAAGAUCGAAAACCCGUUUCUCUAUGGGCUGGAUUUGUUCAAUUAUUGAGAAAUAAAUCCAAAAGUCGAUUAGCCACCUUACAUCCUCUCAACCUGUCAAAAAGAUUUAGCAGUAGCAUGAGAGAGGAAGUCCGUGAAGCACCUAAUCCUGUUAUGGAUACUAAUUUGAACUAUUUCAAGCCUCAUUGCAAGAACUUUAGCUUCUGCAAACUCCAAAUUGCAACCAACUAUUUUUCACCAGAAUGUUUGAUUGGGAAAGGUGGUUAUGCCGAAGUUUAUAGAGGUUGUUUGCGGGGUGGCCAGCUUGUUGCGAUUAAGCGGCUGACGAAAGGACCACCAGAUGAGAAAAUCAGAAACUUUUUAUCCGAACUUGGGAUAAUGGCUCAUAUAAACCAUCCAAAUACCGCCAAAUUGAUUGGAUAUGGGGUUGAAGGAGGACUGUACCUUGUCCUCGAUCUGUCUCCCCUUGGGAGUUUGGCUUCUCAGCUUCACAGUUCAGAUGAGAAGCUAAAAUGGGAUAUCAGGUACAAGGUUGCACUGGGAACGGCUAAGGGUUUGCUUUAUCUCCACGAGGGAGGGCAAAGAAGAAUCAUUCACAGAGAUAUCAAGUCUGCGAAUAUACUGCUCACUAAGGACUUCAAGCCUCAGAUUUGUGAUUAUGGGCUUGCAAAAUGGCUACCGGAGCAAUGGACUCACCUCACGAUUUCUGAAUUUGAAGGCACUUUCGGUUAUUUAGCUCCUGAAUUCUUGAUGCAUGGCAUAGUAGAUGAAAAAACCGAUGUUUUUGCCUUUGGUGUGCUUCUGUUGGAACUUAUCACCGGGCGUCGAGCACUCGAUUGCUCACAACAAAGCCUUGUUAUGUGGGCAAAACCUCUGAUAAAGCAGAACAAAAUUAGGGAGCUUGUGGAUCCUGCGCUGGACGAUGACUACAACUUACCACAAAUGAAUCUCAUGAUUUUGGCUGCUUCUUUAUGUGUGAAAGAAUCAUCUGUUCAACGUCCUACGAUGAGUCAGGUUCUUCUGCUUUUACGUGGAAGCUGGGGCUGCCUAGAUUUGAUGAGGAAAAGUAAAGAGCUAUCCAGUUGGAAGACGUAUUUCAAAGAGCAUUUUCGUUCAGAAGAGCACAGCCUAAACCGUGGCUCAAGUUAUGCAAGUUUGCAGAAACAUAUUGCCCCCCUCGAAGUCUGA